AUGAGUUUAAUUGUUAGUUUGCCAAAUGAACAGAUACCUGCAAAUGUUGCUGCAUCUGGAAACAUGUUGGAUGUGGACAAGGUUGCUGCGUCAACAUCUACUCAGACAUCUAGUACAAUAGAUUGGACAACAGUUCAUUGUGAUGAUGAGUUGGAUACAUGGUUAGCAUCAACAACAACAACAAAUCAAUUGGUACUCAUACCAAAGCCAACAGAGGGUAUCCUCAUUAGGACGAUCCAUAACAUACCAUGCAAGAUAUUACCAAUAGCUGCAUAUGUAGAGACAUUGGAUGUUGCUGACACUGUUGGACAAGUGCUCAAUAUGAGGAAGGGAUUCUCCAACAGGUUCACUGCGAGCAAGGCGUUGAAGGCAUUGAUCAGCGAGGGUGUCGCCGGUUGUGACAGUUGUCACGAGGUCACAACAAAGUUUGACUACAUCCUAGAGACCAUCAAGGAUGAGAGCAAGCAACCUUUCAGUGACCCUGUGUCCGUCGUACCAUCACAACUCUGUCAGUCCGUCCUUUUCUAUGUGUACAGUUUUGGAAAGUUGGAACAACGCCAGAGAGACUAUCUCGUUGAACAAGGAGUAAACACACUCAAGACAAUCAACAACAGUGACUACAUGCUUGUGCCUGUGUUUAGGAAUGAUGCAUUCAUCAAGACACGUUCCGGCAAUGACGUUGUUGCAACUUCCAUCUCCUACGAUGAUGUUGUUGAUUACAUUUGUGGAGAUGGAUUCCCCAAGUGGUCACAA